CUGAGAGCGCGCGGAGCAGCGAGACCCUGAGACCGGGACAGGGCGAGGGAGGCCCCGGCGGACGGGGACCCGGACCCCGAGCCCCUGAGUCCUCCGGACCCCCCGAAACAACCCCCCUGGACCCCUCUCCGUUGCCGUGCCGUAGAUUCCGCACAUCCUCUGAUCCCGAGUCCCCUAACGCUCGAGGCGCCGGACCUCGGACCUCCGAUUCUGUCUUUCGGGCCGUCCAGGACCCUUUCACCCCUGAGCCGGACCCCUGAACCCCUGAACCCCUGAACCCCCGGGCUCCCCGGACUUCUCGUGUCCCCGAGCCGGGCGCGUCCCCUCUCCCCUAGGGGGCCAUGGAGUCGGAAUCCCUGAGCCACCUGAGUCCCGCGUCCCCGCAGCCAGAACCCAUCAGCUUCGGCAUCGACCAGAUCCUGGGAGGGGGUACCCCGACAGGAGGGGACCCGACCCCUACGGCGCGGGGUCCCUGCGACCACGCCGAGCUGCUGCUGAGCCCGAUGGUCCACGGAGCGGCGGGGGGAUACGGGGCCCUCUCGCCCCCCGCGUUCGGCCCCUACAGCCCCGCGUUCCCGCACCACCCCUCCCAGCAGCAGCACCACCCCGGAAUGCCCCCUGGGUGCCACUUCGGGGUCCAGGGCGCGGGGGCCGGGCUCAUCCGGGUGCCGGCGCACCGGCCCCUCGCCGCGGGGAUCCCCGGGGGUCCCCUCGGGCACGGCAUCCCCCUGCCCUUUCCGUGGAUGGAGUCGAACCGGAGAUUCGUGAAGGAGCGGCUAAGCGCAGCCCUGGCCCCGCUGUCGGUGCCCCGCCGCGUGGGCCACCCGUACCAGAACCGCACGCCGCCCAAGCGCAAGAAGCCGCGCACGUCCUUCUCGCGGCUGCAGGUGUGCGAGCUGGAGAAGCGCUUCCAUCGGCAGAAGUACCUCGCCUCCGCCGAGCGCGCCGCCCUCGCCAAGGGCCUCAAGAUGACCGACGCGCAGGUCAAGACGUGGUUCCAGAAUCGGCGCACCAAGUGGAGACGUCAGACGGCGGAGGAGCGCGAGGCCGAGAGGCAGCAGGCCAACCGGCUGCUGCUGCAGCUGCAGGCGGAGGUGCAGUUCCCCAAGGCGCUGCACGGGGGGGGAGGGGGGCCGCAGGGGGCCCGCGAGGGGGGCCCCGCCGACCGCGUCUGCCUUCACAACGCGUCGCUCUUCGCGCUGCAGAACCUCCAGCCCUGGGCCGAGGAGCAGGGGGAGAUCGCGCCCGUCGCCUCCCUCGCCUCCGCUCUCUAGCGGGACCCCCGCGGGGCCCUGGAGGGGGGUCCCCCGCCCCCCCUUCCCCCCCAUAUUCUCAUGGGGGCCCUGUCCCUCCGACUGACCCUGCCUCUCCCUCCCGCUGAACCUGCCUCUCCCUCUCGUGAAGGCCCCGACCCUGUCUCUCCCUUAUUGCCCCCCCCCCCUGACCAUCCCAAGCCUCCCUUCCCUGGGGGCCCGGCCCCUCCCACUGACCCUGCCUCUCACUCCCUGGGGGGCCCCAUCACCCUCCCGCCAACCCCAACUCCCAUCCCCAAGGCCCCUGUGACCCUCCCACCUCCAGGACGGCCCCCGCAUCCCGAGCGAGCUGCCGUGACGGAGGGAGCUGUAAAUAGUAGUGUAUGUACUGUACAUGUGUGAUCGUGAGAUUUGUUUUAAGGGGGGCAGUGGGGGGGGGGGCGUUUUAUGAGAACACGAAAUCGAACUUUAAACGGGAAUCGGAGAAGUUGAAGGGACGGGGGGAGACACGAGCCGCUACAACUGCGGCGACCGCACCGAGCGCUGGCAGUGCAACCGUAAACCCGGGCCCCACGUGCUGGAGGGGGGCCCCACGUGCUGGAGGGGGGCCCCACGUGCUGGAGGGGGGCCCCACGUGCUGGA